CCCAGGGCGCACGGCGGGGAGGGACGCGGCGCCCGCCGCCCGGCCGCCAUGGAGCCGGCCCCCUCCGCCGACGCCGAGCUGCAGCCCCCUCUCCUCGCCAACGCUUCGGACGUCUUCCCCAGCGCCUUCCCCAGCGCGGGCGCCAAUGCGUCGGGGCCGCCGGCCGCCCGGAGCGCCUCGUCCCUCGCCCUGGCCAUCGCCAUCACCGCUCUCUACUCGGCCGUGUGCGCCGUGGGGCUGCUGGGCAACAUGCUCGUCAUGUUCGGCAUUGUCCGGUACACUAAGAUGAAGACAGCCACCAACAUCUACAUCUUCAACCUGGCCCUGGCAGAUGCACUGGCCACCAGCACGCUGCCCUUCCAGAGUGCCAAGUACCUGAUGGAGACGUGGCCCUUCGGGGAGCUGCUGUGCAAGGCUGUGCUCUCCAUCGACUACUACAACAUGUUCACCAGCAUCUUCACCCUCACCAUGAUGAGUGUCGACCGCUAUAUUGCCGUCUGCCACCCCGUCAAGGCCCUGGACUUCCGCACGCCCGCCAAGGCCAAGCUGAUCAACAUCUGCAUCUGGGUCCUGGCCUCGGGUGUGGGUGUCCCCAUCAUGGUCAUGGCUGUGACCCGCCCCCGGGACGGGGCAGUGGUGUGCAUGCUCCAGUUCCCCAGCCCCAGCUGGUACUGGGAUACGGUGACCAAGAUCUGCGUGUUCCUCUUCGCCUUCGUCGUGCCCAUCCUCAUCAUCACCGUGUGCUACGGCCUGAUGCUGCUGCGCCUGCGCAGCGUGCGCCUGCUGUCGGGCUCCAAGGAGAAGGACCGCAGCCUGCGGCGCAUCACGCGCAUGGUGCUGGUGGUGGUGGGCGCCUUCGUGGUGUGCUGGGCGCCCAUCCACAUCUUCGUCAUCGUCUGGACGCUGGUGGACAUCGACCGCCGCGACCCGCUCGUGGUGGCCGCGCUGCAUCUGUGCAUCGCGCUCGGCUACGCCAACAGCAGCCUCAACCCCGUGCUCUACGCCUUCCUCGACGAGAACUUCAAGCGCUGCUUCCGCCAGCUCUGCCGCACGCCCUGCGGCCGCCCGGAGCCAGGCAGCUUCAGCCGCGCCCGCGAGACCACGGCCCGCGAACGGGUCACCGCCUGCACCCCGUCCGACGGUCCCGCCGGGGGGGCCGCCGCCUAAACCGCGCCGGCCUGGCCCGCCGCGCGCCCCUGCUGUCACCCCGGGUCCGCAGGGGGCGGGGCCGCGACGCGGAGUGGGACCAAACGGGGCCCCGGGUUUGGAGAAGGGGGUCGGGCGGGAGCCGAGAGGCGGCGCCGGUGCUGUGGGGUGGGCCUCUGGGCUGGGGCGGGGCCUCUGGGCUGAGGGCGUGGUCGACGGCUUUGGGUAGGGCGCCCGGAGCUAGCGACUCUGGGGGAGUGGGGCCUGAGGCUCUGAGACCGGGCUGCUAACCGGGACCUCUGUGGCGGGCCAGCUUCAACCUUGGGACAGCCUCGGGUUCUAGCCAGAGCCGGCCUUGCUGACCUGGGACCUGAAAAAGCCAAGGACCCAGGACCCAGGGGGCCUUGGUGGAGACCGAGGCUUGGGAACAGGGCUGGAAGACUGGGUCUCUGUGUGGUGGGGAGGGGUCUGUUCUGGGGGUGAAAGGGAAGGACAUGUCCUUGAGGCGGCGACAGCUCAAGGUUGGGCCUCGAGAUAGGAUAGUACCUGGGUGCAAGGGAUGGGGGCCUCAACCUUGGGGUGGAGUCCCAGCCCCGAGUUGUAGCAAGAGGCAAGGUUGCUGAGGUCCAGGUCCAACUGGACUGUCGUUAAAAAUAAAGAGAAAAUAAAACGGAGAGGGAGAGAGAAUAUACCUUUUCUGUCCUCGACAGUCAUUUUCUUGGAAUGGCCUCAGCAUUGACAUAGUGUCCCCAGUGCUUUGUGCCAGUGGGGCUUGGGACAUGACAGUGCAGCAGGGCCGGCGGCUUCAGGCUAGGAUAGCAGGCCAGGGCCUGGGUUGGGGUAGGGUCCCCAGCCCCCGGUUCUAUGGGGCUCAGAAAGAGGAGGGAGGUCCUGCAGCUCCAAAACCGGAGCUGCCAAUCGGCCUCUGUGCCAAGGGUGGUGGGUGGGUGGAGGCAGAGGGGAGGCUGGGGAACUUCUGCUUUGACAUUAGGUCCUCAAGCCGGAGGGCAGACACUUUUGGGGUUCCCCAGAGGCCCGACCUCUCUGCCCAGACACUGGAGGACAGAGGACCAUGCUAGAUAGAGCCCCAUGGAUGGCAAGUGGCAACUGGGACUGGGUGGGGGAAUCUGAAGGACCAGUGUGGACUUUUCCUCCUGCCCAUCUUGGGUCUCUGAUAAGAACCUCCAGGAAAUCCUCUUCCUUCUCCCAACACCUGGCUGCGCCUAAUGUGUCCAGUGUUUCCAAGCUGGAACUGCCCACACAGGGGCCUGUCUCUGAAGGAACUGGGAGGAAGAAGACUUUCCUAACUGCAAUGCUAGCGUCCAUGUACGCCCCUCAGGCCCCCUGCCUGCCCCCACUGCCCCCUUCGAGCCCCUGAGGGCAGGUCUACCCAGAGCAAGGCAAAGAAAUUUUUCUUUUCAUGUGUUUGGUGUUCUAUUCAGGCCUUCCCAGAUCUUUGCUUUCCUAUCAGGGUCUGUCCUUGUUCCCUGUGCCUCCCCCGUGCUUCACCUCCUCUCCCCGCCCCCUCCCACUGAAAGACACUGCCUCAGUCACACACCCCUGACUCCCUAUUGAAGCAGUGAGCUGACAUCCUUGUAGAAACAAAUUAAUUUUCUUCCCUUUUUGGGACAGAUGGAGAGAAACGGCUUUGUCUCAAACCAAAAAAAAAAAAAAAAAAAAAAGGAAAGAAGAUACCUCUUCUCCCUUUGACAGUCAUUUCCUUGGAACAAAAGCCUUUCCCUUGUCUGAGAGACUGUCACUCCAGCAGGGGCUGAACUAGCAUUCAGGAGGUUGGGGGCUUAGGCACCAGGAUGGGCAUUGGGCACUUUAGGGGUAGGGAUGCCGUUAGUAGACAAAGCACAGCCCCCUUCUUGGGGUGCGGACCCCAGAAGCUCCAGACCUGGGAAUUUUCUUCUUCCAGGAAAGGGCUUCAGUAGCACUUUGGAAGAUGGAGGGCAGUGCCCAGUGCACAUAGAGACUUUCGUGUCUGAAUGGGAGGGGGGUGUAUCAGCAAGGUGGGGGGACCCUCCUGGACACUCCUCAUCACAUGGGACCCCUCCUGCUAAUGCCUUGGAGAGAUGUCAGAGGGGAUAAUUUAGGGACUGGGGAAGACUUCUGAAGAAGGUGACAUUGGAUCCAGGGCUGUUGAUUCUCCUCGUAAGGAAUGUGUCCUCUUCAGCUCUCUCUUGAGGCUGCCCUGGGUUGGCCCACUGCCAUUUCCCAUGGCUGUAAGAGAUCUGGCUGCUUUUUACUACUACUCGUACAUAAAUGCGUCCUGGGAUCAGCAGAGGCUGGGUCCAGACCACGUGCAUUUAAGGUAAAGCAAACUUGUAUCGAAAUCAACUUGAUGCCAGGCUAUGCACCCUGGGGACUGGGACUCGGAAAUAAGUCAGAUAUAGCCCCGCCCUUAGAAAGGUCAAGCCCAGGCUGGGAGACAAGGCAUCAACAGAGCAUUGCAUCUCAGUUGCGAUGCAUGCAGUGACAGGAAGCCCCAAGGAGGAUGUCACAGGGAAGUGUCUUUUCUAGCUUUUUACUAAAACACAUUUGUAGCAAUUCCAGAAAAGGUGGAAAAAAGAGGGCCUUAAAGGGUGUGUAGGAGCCGGCCACCAAGAAGAGGGAACAGUGUGUGCAAAAGCAUGGAAAUGUUGAGGUGCUUGGCAAACCUGAGAAAAGCUGUGUGCAUCUCGAGUAUGGGGCUUAACUGAGCACUUUCGAGUGCCAGGCUCUGUGCCAAGCGCUUCCCGCACAUCAUCCCGUCUGAGCCUCAUGACAGCCCGGGGAAGUACUAUUACCUUAUUUUAGACAACAGGCUCAGAGGUCAAGCCGCUCACCCCUAAGUCACAGAGCCUGUUGGUGGCGGCAGAACUGAGGUCAGUAGGAUUCCAGGGUCCGAGUUCUGGUGACUUCCGGGCAUCAUUAAUAUAGAAGAGCCUUAGUUGCUGGAACCCUCGAAUGAGGAUAUCUGAAGACUUAAAACCAAAAUCUGAAAGAAAAGGGCAAUUUUCCAUGAACUUUUGUUCCUCCUGAAGCUCUCCAAACCUUCACAUUUCAAAAUGUGCUGUGCGCGAUGCAUUUUAAAGCUCCAAAUUGGCAGUGUAAUUCUAGAUCAUCACAGGGCCCUCAAAACCAUGAAGUAGGUCUGAUUUCCCUGAGGUUUCCACUCCCCUCUCUUCAGGAGGUGGAGGCAAGUUUUUGCCUCUGGUUUCAGAACGUCCUACAAUUUCCUAUCUUUCCUUGUGGUGAGAGAAGUAGCAGUGAAAGCUGGAGUCAGAUUUUGGCUUUCCCUCGCUGUGCCUCAGUUUCCUCAUCUGUAGAACGGACUUCCUUCAUGGGGUUGCUGUGAGGACUUAAUGAGUUAAUGUACGGAUAGCGUCCAGAUCCGAGGUAAGGUCUUAGCACGUGGCAAGUAGUCGUCCUUACUCGGGAGUGGUGCUGCCGCACAAGGUCGGAGCUGGAGACCUAGAGGGAAAAGCAGAUGAGCUUUCGGGGGCAGCAAUGCAGAGAGAGGAGACCGGGGACCCAGCCUGGGGAUCCCCCCUGCUUUCUAGGCUCAGGAGCCAUGGCGUGGAGAGUGAGAAGCUGCUGGAGGAGCAGGAGGAGGCUGGGAAGAAUGUGCUGCCAUAGAAACUGGAGGAGGAGGGCGUUCCCAGGGGGAGGGAGUGAUGGAUAAUGUCAAGUGUCAUAUAAGAGAGGCUGGAGGUGGGGAGGGCAGGAGGGUGAUGGGAAUAAAGCAGAGCCUUCAAGUUCGGUUUCCUACAUGGCUUGGGAAGGCCCAAAUCUGGAUUCGAAUCUCAGCAUGGAAGCUAACUGGCUGUGUGACCUAGGCAAGGCAGUUGCCCUCUCUGAGCUGCUGUUUUCUCUGAGAUCUAAGACAAGGGAAUGGGUCAGUCUCUGGUGUUUCAUCUUUUGAACUAGAGUCUUGAUUUUGCUGGGUUCUUGGCCACUUGCUAGCAGUGGGAUCUUAGGCAGGUCACUUCACGUCCGAGAGUCCCAUCUGCACGCUAGAGAUACCGCAAGCGAGGUGCCUACCAAAGUCCCUGGUACCAAGUAGGCCCCCAAUACAGAAUUUUUCUGUGACAGUAGUCGGGAGCCAGAGGCAGCUGUCUAAGGAGGCUUGCUGAGCUUGGAAUUUGAAACGCUCCCAAAGGUGGAGGAAGCCACCAGCGUCUGGACAGGACUUGGAGGAGCUACAGGCCAGGCUAGGCCCCCACUAAGCCUCUGCCCCAAGACCAGCUGUCUAUUUUCAGUGGCAGAUCCUUAGCCUGGCCUCUGGCUGCCUUCCCCACCUGGACCUCCUGCAGAUCCAGGCUGGGAACCAGCUCAGAGGCUUCAGAGCCCCUAGGAAGUAACUCCCACCGCACCCCCUGCCCCCAGGUCACGGUCCCAGCACUCACACACAAAACACUACACACCACUUUCUCUUAUCAUUUAUUUAUUCAUGAUUAUAUAUUCCUCUAUCUCAUUCCUGGGCACUGAACACAUAGUGCUGGCAACUCCGGGGAGGGAGCCCAACGGGAGGGAGCUUACAGAUGUUGGGAGACUUAGAAGACUGGGGUGUGGUUCUGGUGGCAGGCGGCUGGGGAGAUCAAAACGGGGCCCGGAGGGGCUGGGGCGAGCCUUCGCUUAUCCUGACGUGGUAGAGCGCUAGGCCAGGGGUCACCCAUGUUCCAGCCCCAUCCCACCUGGUGUGGGCCAGCGUGGUAAUACUAGUAUGUGAUACACAGCACCCCUCUUUGUUCUAAGCACUUGACAUGGGUAAUUUACUUAAUGUUCACAGCAUGACUAUGAGGCAGGCACUGUUAUAAUCACUACCCCUACUUUAUAGAUGAGGGGCCCGAGGCUCUGGGGAAUGGCCUGCCCAAGGCCAGACGGCUUGUCCGUGGCUGUGCCAGCUAGGAUCCCAUCUUAGACCCAUCAAGUCCACUUCCUCUGCUCUCCUUCCUUCUCCUCCUCCUGCCUCCCACGAGGAAACUGAUGACACAGAGGGCAUUGGGGAGACUCUUAUGUCCAGCUCAUAAUCCCUUCCUGAGCCUUCCCGGGGCUGGGUUCUGUGCCUCGUCACCUUGGCGGCUGAGGUGCAUGCCAGCCUCCCAAGAAAUUGCCGUGACCUUGGCCGGUCCCUCUCCCCAUCUAUUCUCUCCCUGCCUUGGAAGGCUUGCUCGUUCUGUAAUUUUUCAGCUUCCUGCUAGGACUUUGCUGUAGGACCUUGGGCGAGUCACUUUGCUCUUGGAGACCCUUUUCUCAGUUGUGGAUGACAACACUUACAAGAAGUUGUGAAGAUUUACGAAAAGGCUUGUCUGUUUUGGUCACACCAACGUCCCCAGCAAAUGGCACUGCAGCUGACACAGAGUAGUUGUUCUACCGAGUGGACAGAUGAAGUGCCUGGUGCAUAGUAAAUGCUCGAAACGUGGAGCUUUUAACGUGAGCGAACGUUUUAGGUUAUACCUGCUCCGACCCGCAUCUCUUAAUGCUGUAGGUGGGUCAGGAGCAAAGGAUUUUGUCUUUUUUUUUUUUUUUAAGAUUUUAUUUAUUUAUUUGACAGAGAUAGAGACAGCCAGCAAGAGAGGGAACACAAGCAGGGGGGAGUGGGAGAGGAAGAAGCAGGCCCACAGCAGAAGAGCCUGAUGUGGGGCUCGAUCCCACAACGCCGGGAUCACGCCCUGAGCCGAAGGCAGACGCUUAACCGCUGUGCCACCCAGGCGCCCCAGGAUUUUGUCUUUUAACCAUCUUCUUGAGUUUCAGAAGAUGCAACAAAAUGCAUUGGAGAAGGAAUUUUCAAGAGGACGUCUUCUCUCCAAGUACUUCAUACAUAGCUGUCCCCUUUUGUCCUCACCAGGUCUGCCCUCCCUGGCACCCAAGAGAGGGGUGCAGUCCAGGAGGAAAGAAAGAUCCCUGGGUGGCAGUGGCCUGGGCCUUCUGCCAGAACAUUUGAGUCAUGGGGAUGGAGUCCCUUGGGAGGUGACGAUGCAGGUGACAUCCACCUGAUGGGGCUCAUCUUCCAGAAUCUCCUCUUGGAAUAAGUCCCAAGCCAGGAGAUGGAAUAUGGGUUUGAUUCUGUUCUCCACUUCCUUGCUGUGUGACUUGGGGCAGGUCUCUGUCCCUCUCUGGGCCUCUGCACAAUGAAGGGACAGAGGUAGGGGCUGAUGAGUUCCAAGGGCUCUGCCAUCCUGGGAGAGAACAGAGAACUUUCCCUCAUGUUCCUUGAUCCCAGAAACAGACAUCUACUGGUAAGACCCACUGGGCAUUUGCCCAGAGGCAGAGGAAAGGAUGCCUGGGUGUCUGGUAUUUGUAAUUGGAGCUGUGUUACUUUGGGGCUGAGGGAGGCAAGCAUGUCAAAACAAAGCUCGACUCAAACACCUGGCUCUUUGCCUAUCCCAGGUCCUCUCUCGGUACCAAGGACCAACCUUCUGUUUUCCCAAUAAAGAAAAGUACUAUUCUCGGUGUCCACAUCUCUGGCUGUUUCU